GCGGCGAUUCCCCGCUCCCUUCGUACACCGUUCCCUCGUUCGAAUACAUUGGGUUUAAAUUCGAAUCUACUGGCGACAAUAUUUGUAAUGGACGCUGAUUUAGAUGAUUUGCUUGAUGAUGCAUUGAAUGAUUUCGAAGCAGUUUCAUUGAAUGAGAAUAAACCACCUGCAGCAAAGCCUGUAAAGGAUGAAGCUGUAGAAGCUGCUGGGACUUCUAAUAAAGAUGGGGAUGCAUUGAAGCAAGGGGGAAGCGGAAAGACAAAAGUUGCUCCGGAUGAAAUGGGGAAAUUAUUUGAGGAAGAAUGGAUGAAGUCAAUAAACGAGUUAACGGGCAAUGCAGGUGGUGACCCUGAACAAGCUGCACAAAUGCGAGCGUUCCAGAAAGAAAUGAUGAAAGGGUUAGAUCCGAACAACCCUCUUUUUGCUCCAAUGGAUGGGAGCAAGGAUCCUCCCAAGAGCUACGAAGAUGCGAUGAAAGAAACUCUUGAGUUUUUAUCGAAAGGUCCGGAUGCAACUUCGAGCGGGGAGGAUGAUCCUUUGGAUAAGAUCUUCGAUGAGAUGAUGGGGGCAGGUGGGGACGGGGAACUUGGGAUGAUGGAAAACAUGAUGAAGUCUAUGUUAUCUAAAGAUAUGUUGUAUCCUCCCAUGAAGGAGAUGUGUAAUGAAUACCCUGUAUGGCUGGAAAAGAAAGGGAGUGAACUACCAGUUGAUGUACGCUCAAAUUACGAACAACAAUUAUCGUUUUUGCGGCAAAUCUGCCACGAAUUUGAAUCGGAAAAAGACUCGGACCCUGAAAAAGUUAAAAAUCAACGUUUUCAAAAAAUAAUGGAACUAAUUAAUUCAAUGCAACAAUAUGGGCAACCUCCAACUGAUUUAAUGGAAGGGAAAAAUCCAUUAACGCCCUCUCCUGACGCAUGUGUUAUUGCGUAAUAUUUGUAAUUUUAAAAAUGGUAUUAUUUUCAAUUAGUUCAUUUUUCUGAAAUAGUAGGGUAAUGAAUUUUUUUAAAGAAUACUGAUUUAAUUGCAUAAAACGCACAUUUUCUGGUCAGUUUCAAUACACACAUGACAGCCAAUGUAUGUCAUGUUUAUUUAGAUUCUUUUUUGCUGAAAUAAUAGGGUAAUGUCAUAUCUUUCUAAUCACGUAGCAAUUGUUGACUGUCUUGUUCUUAAAUCAUGUACGGAAAAGCUAAUGUGUAUUUUUAUAUACAAUUAAUUUAACAACUAUUUUCAAACUUCUUGCAAACUUUUAAUUUUUGUUUAUUUAAUAUUAGAUAGACUUGUAUUUUUUUCUUUGCUUUUAUUUUCCUUGUAAUUUGUGUAUGAAAUUUCUACAACAACCAAAUUUCAAGAUAAAUGUUGCUGACAGACACAGUUUAAAUCCAACAAAGUCCUUUUAAAAGUAAUUAUGCACAAAAGUUUCUACUAUAUUUGUUGUCGUUUUCUUUUUAUUCCAUAUGGGUAAAGUCAUGUGACAAAAAGCAUAAGAUUUAUGCCAGAGUUAGCCCAUUACCACAACAUUGUAUAUGCUCAUUCUAUUCUAUAUGGGUGAGGUCCUACAGUGAGGCAAGCCAUCGGACCUGGGAUUUAGGUCAAAGUUGACCUAUUACUGCACCACUCUAUAUUUUUUCUUCUAAAUGAUUUAAGAAAAUUAAAAUACCUUUUAAUUCCAG